AUGUUCGAGGAACUUUUGCUCCGCGUCGGGCGCGACGACGCGCCACAAAAAGAUAUACGAAGCUGGAUACGCUUCCUAUGGACGACGAUAGCCAACAUGGCAACCAUCGCCGUGGAAUACAGUCCUCUGGAGGACACUAAAGAAUUAGCCGGGACAGCAUAUGUUACUUACUGUUCCGGCUGCAGCAAUAGCAAAUGCCUGCUACGGCAGAGGAAAUAG